AUGGACCUGAGCGCGGCCGCCGCGCUGUGCCUCUGGCUGCUGAGCGCCUGCCGGCCCCGCGACGGGCUCGAAGCGGCCGCUGUGCUGCGAGCGGCGGGGGCAGGGCCGGUCGAGAGUCCGGGGGGCGGCGGCGGCGGCGGCGGCGGCGGCGGGCGGACCCUCGCCCCGGCUGCGGGCGUCUCCGCUGCCCCGGCCACCGCGGCUCCCGGAGCCCGCGCCGCGCGCCGGGCCGCCGGCUCCGGCUUCAGGAACGGCUCGGUGGUGCCGCACCAAUUCAUGAUGUCGCUUUACCGGAACCUGGCCGGGAGGGCUCCCGCCGGGGCAGCCGCCGCCUCCACCUCGGGCUCUGGCCGCCACGGCCGCGCGGACACAAUCACCGGCUUCGCAGACCAGGCGAACCAAGACGAAUCGCCCGCCGAGACCGGCCAAAGCUUCCUGUUCGACGUGUCCAGCCUUCCCGACACCGACGAGGUGGUGGGAGCCGAGCUGCGCGUGCUGCGCCACGAGUCCCCGGAGCUGGGCCCUGGCGGCGCGACUCCCCCGCCGCUGCUCCUGCUGUCUACGUGCCCGGGCGCCGCCCGAGCGCCCCGCUUGCUGCACUCGCGGGCCGCCCAGCCCCUGGCCGGAGCGCGCUGGGAGGUGUUCGACGUGGCAGACGCCGUGCGGCGCCACCGCCAGGAGCCGCGCGCCACCCGUGCGUUCUGCCUCUUGCUGCGCUCAGUGGCCGGUCCCUCGCGGGGCCCGCUGGCACUGCGGCUGCUGGGUUUUGGCUCACCGGGCAGGGGCCGCGCGGCGGCGGAAGAGCGCGCUCUGCUCGUCGUUUCCUCCCGCACGCAGAGGAAGGGGAGCCUAUUCCGGGAGAUCCGCGCCCAGGCCCGCGCGCUCGGGGCCGCUCUGGCGGCGGAGCCGCCGCCCGACCCGGGACCCGGCACGGGGCCGCCGACGGCGGUCAUCGGCGGUCGCAGGCGGCGGCGGACCGCGCUCGCCGGGGCGCGAGCGGCGCAGGGCAGCGGCGGGGGCGCGGGCCGGGGCCACGGGCGAAGGGGCCGGAGCCGCUGCAGCCGCAGGCCGCUGCACGUGGACUUCAAGGAGCUGGGCUGGGACGACUGGAUCAUCGCGCCGCUGGACUACGAGGCGUACCACUGCGAGGGCGUUUGCGACUUCCCGCUGCGCUCGCACCUUGAGCCCACCAACCACGCCAUCAUUCAGACGCUGCUCAAUUCCAUGGCGCCCGACGCGGCGCCGGCCUCCUGCUGCGUGCCCGCGCGCCUCAGCCCCAUCAGCAUCCUCUACAUCGACGCGGCCAACAACGUGGUCUACAAGCAGUACGAGGACAUGGUGGUGGAGGCGUGCGGCUGCAGGUAGCCUGCGGGCCCGGGGAGGGGGCGGCCGCGCCACCGAGGACCCCCUGCUGAAGAGCAGCU